AAUAGCUGGACCCCCUUCCUCCUCUCUGAGGCAGCCCCUCAAAUACUGGAAGAUGCUAUCCUGUCUCCCCUGGUCCUUCUCUUAAUGUGAAUUUUAUUCCGAUUUCCAGUAUUCGCCUCUGCUGAAGAAACUCUACUGUCAAAUUGCAAAGACGUGUCCGAUCCAGAUUAAGGUCUCCACGCCUCCUCCUCCCGGGACGGUCAUCCGAGCCAUGCCGGUAUACAAGAAGGCCGAACACGUAACCGAAGUGGUCAAGCGGUGCCCGAAUCACGAGCUGGGACGCGAUUUCAACGACGGCCUCUCGGCGCCCGCCAGCCAUUUGAUCCGCGUGGAAGGCAACAACCUGUCCCAGUAUGUCGACGACCCCGUGACGGGAAGGCAGAGUGUCAUGGUCCCUUACGAGUCCCCCCAGGUGGGCACCGAAUUUACCACCAUCCUGUACAACUUCAUGUGUAACAGCAGCUGUGUGGGAGGCAUGAACCGGAGACCGAUUUUAAUCAUCAUCACGCUGGAGACGAGAGACGGACAAGUCUUGGGUCGCCGAUCGUUCGAAGGCCGGAUCUGCGCCUGUCCCGGACGAGACCGGAAAGCCGACGAAGAUCACUUCCGAGAACAGCAAGCGCUGAACGAAAACGCCGCCAAGAACGGAAACCCCAAUAAGAGGACUUUCAAACAGAGCCCGCAAAGUAUCCCAGCGUUGGGGGCCGGGGUUAAGAAACGGAGGCACGGCGAGGAGGAAACGUAUUACGUGCCUGUUCGAGGUCGGGAAAACUUUGAGAUGCUGAUGAAGAUCAAAGAAAGUUUGGAACUGGUCGAGCUGGUCCCCCAGCAGUUGGUCGACUCUUACCGACAGCAGCAACAGCAGUUUCUGCAGCGACAGACGCACCUCCAUUCUCCAUCGUCCUAUGGCCCGGUCUUGUCCCCCGUGAAUAAGCUUCAUCCAGGAGGCAUCAACAAGCUGCCAUCCGUGAACCAGCUGGUGGGGCAACCUCUUCAGCAGGGGCCUGGCACGGGGCCAAACCUUGGGCCUAUGGGCCCGACAAUGCUCAACAAUCACGCCAUGCAGUCCAACGGCGAGAUGAACGGGGCACACGCCUCACAGCCCAUGGUCUCCAGCUCACACUGCACUCCGCCCCCACCCUACAACCCAGACCCCAGCCUUGUCAGUUUUCUAGCAGGAUUGGGUUGCUCGAACUGCAUUGACUAUUUCACUUCGCAAGGCUUACAGACUCUUUAUCACCUGCAGAAUUUGACCUUGGAGGAUCUCGCGGCCCUGAAGAUCCCGGAGCAAUACCGCAUGGUCAUCUGGAGGGGCCUCCAAGAUCUGAAGCAGAGCCACGAUUACGGCGGGCAGCAGCUCCUCCGUUCCAGCAGCAACGCCGCCACCAUCUCCAUCGGGACUUCCGGAGAGCUGCAGCGGCAGCGCGUCAUGGAAGCUGUGCAUUUCCGAGUCCGUCACACCAUCACCAUCCCGAAUCGGAGCGGAUCCGACGAAUGGGCAGACUUUGGCUUCGACCUGCCGGAUUGCAAAUCCCGCAAACAGUCCAUCAAAGAGGAGUUUCUCGAGGGGGAAAUCAACUGAAGUGGUCUGGGGGGGACGGGGAGGUCUGGGGCGAGCCAGCCGGCUCUGCGGACCCGUAGAUUUUGGUGCCAGACUAAAGCCGCACCAAAAAAAAAAAAAAAGUAUUGCGGAGAGGUUGUGGCGGUGGACUAUCGGCGGUGUCCGCUUUCGUACGCCCGUCGACGGCGUUGUCGUGCAACCCAUCGGAAGGAAAGAGAUGGCGUUCAACUGGCAGACUCGGAAAAAUCGACGAAUACAUUUCACUUUCGUACGUUUUGCCUACGGCGACGACGUGCGAAAACGCAAAGCGAUCAGAAGGAAAGAGACUCGGAAAAAUCGACGGAAACUUGCAUUUGAAUUUGCUGAACAUCUGGGUGUCAAUUUUGCGUCCACAAGGAGAGAGGAGGGGCAGGUUUCGUUCCUGAACAAUCAACCCUCGACUUUUCCUCCAACGAUGGCCAUCGUUUCUUCUGAAAAAUGGGUCAAUCCCCCAUUUGGUUGAAAAGGAUCUAGAAACGAGGGGUACCGCCUUCCGCCGACCCCCAUCCCUUCCUUUAACGGACUGCCAAAAAGUGUUUGUUUUUCUACAGUGCUACGUAGACUGAAAACAACAACAGAAACUGUUUAUAAGUCGGUCGACAAAGCCAAGUGACGUUUGUAUUAGUUAGGCUCACCCUUUGCUCCGCUCGAGCAGACAUACGCUGUACAUAACUGUAUUUAAUCACUGUUGUAAGGUUUAUGUAAGCUAUUUUAAGAUGGACGUGGCUUUGUCUACCACCAAGAUUUGACCAUUUGGGGGUCUAAUUCCAAGGGUCUCCUAACUUGGCAACUUUAAGACUUGUGGACUUCAACUCCCAGAAUUCCCCAGCCAGCAGCAAAUGGGGGAAUUAUGGGAGUUGAAGUCUAGAAAAUUUUGCUAUUUUGGGACUUCAACUCCCAGAAUUCCCCAGCCAGCAGCAAAUGGCUGGCAAGGGAAUUCUGGGAGUUGAAGCCCACAAAACAUGGCAACUUUAAGACUUGUGGACUUCAACUCCCAGAAUUCCCCAGCCAGCAGCAAAUGGCUGGCUAGGGAAUUCUGGGAGUUGAAGUCCACAAAUCUUAAAAGUUGCCAAGUUUGGAGAGGAAGAAAAGACUUAUAUGUACAGUCAAAGGGAUUAAAACUCACGGAUGAUUUCGGCUUGGGGAGUCCAUUCCUAAACUGAACGUCCGAUCUCCAUAAAGAAACGGAUUUUUAAAAAAUUAUAUGUGCUUUGCCAUGAGAUCCGUGCGUGUGUGAUGGGAUUGCGAUUCAGAAAAUGUUGGGUGUCGUUUAUGGAUGCAAAGUUUUCCCUCUUAUCACAAUUUGCUGCCUAAGAGUCCUGCUUCAGUCUGUCUAAUGAUAAAAUUAGGAGAAAUACUUACAACCCCCAAGAUAAACAAUCUGUACGUAACACCUACAUGCAAACUGAAUAUACACACUUUUUUCAAUCUCCAAGGACAUUUUACAGGGGUAAAAUGCUACUGGUUCACACCAGUUCGGACAAACCGGUAGUUGAAAAAAAAGCUACCAGUUUAUUUCCGACUAUCAGCUAUGCCAUGAGAUUUAUAUUCUAAAUUGGGCGGCACAGCUGUUUCCCCCCUCUCGCUGUUCUACUUACCUUCUUAAGCCUCCUUUUCCCGCACUUUUUCCGCACUUUUUCCCCACAUUUGGUGCACCCUACUUAUGGGCAGGCAUCAAACCCACCGCAAACUGCGGAAAAUUUCACCACUGGACUGACCCAAACAUGCAGCAAAUUCCUAGGGAAUUUUUUUGGGGGAAAAAAUAGCUAAGAUUAAAAAGAAGAAAAAAAAUUAAAGAGGAAAGUUUAAAAUCUUUAGAAAGUGUAAAAAAAAAAACAAACCCCACUCUUGCCAGUCUCCCGAGUGUAAAUUCAACGGAUCGUAAAUAUUUAAAAAAAAGGUUGUAUUAAUUUUGGAAGAUUGUCCUCUGAUCCCAAACACAUUUUUCCCCCCCCAACUUUCAAGUUGUUGUUGAAGCUUGGAGGUCCAAAUUUAAACAGUGCUCCGAGUUGUUUAUAGCAGGGAAAAAAAAAAUCAAAAUUCUCCAGUCAGGUCCAGGAUUGAGUUGACUUUUAAAAAGCGUUCCUUUUACGUUUUUUAACGCAACGCAUCUUCCCCAAGCAAGGGAUUCACACGGCUUGGUUUAUUUGCUUGCAGAAUUGGUGUUGUUGCUGUUGUGUUUUUGUUUGUGUGUGUGUGUGUGUGUGUGUGUUGAAACAGCUGGCUGUUUCGCAAACAAACACAUUUCCAGGUGAUUUCGAAUUCCCCAUCUUACUAGCAGUUCCUGCGCGUGGGACGAGGGGUAAAACUUCCUCCUUGUCUAACCAAUUCUCCGAGCCAACUGAGGGAGGCAUCCCCGAACUGUGCUUUGCGAUCCCGGAUCCCGAGAUCGAAUCACGCCAGCCAAGUAGAAAUCCAGUUAAAGCACUUUACUUUAAAAAAAAAAAAAGUGGAAAAAAAAAAAACCUUUUCAGUCUCUUAUGUUGUGGCAGUAAGAAAAAAUGUCUUUUCUGAGCUCUUUUCUGAGCUCUUUUCCCUGGCAGCAGUAUUAACUAUUGUAGAGUUCUAGGUAAGCCAAGAUUAGCAGCCAAAAAUAACAAAAAUAGCCCAGGAAGAAGCAAUGAAAGCUAUCAGUGGCUUGUUUGCUUGAAGGGGAACUAUGGUUGAUUCUGAUUUUUUAAAAAAUUUGCUUUUUUUAAUGCGGAGAAGAAAGUAGAAGAGACGGAGAAUUAUCUUUUUAUCUAAAAAUCUCUGCUUUAGGAUAGGGCAGCGAUACCCUACAAAAAACUGAUUUAUUAUCCCCACCACUUCUCAAACCACGGCCUUAAAUGACCAAAAAGGGCCAAGAAGAAGUUUCUGAGAUGCUGGCCGUAUCUUUAAAAAAAAAAAUGCACAUUUGCGCCAGAUUGAUAUUUUCUCCCACGGAAAAAAAAGAAAAAAAAUUACGUCGUCAUUACUGGAAAAAAAGAGGCUUAGGGCCGUUUUUCAACACUUACGACCGUUGGUUCACGAGAUUCCAAAUUCCGGCACUUGGCAACCGACUCGUCUUUAUGACGGUCGCAGAGUCCCGAGGUUGCACGCGAUUUCUCUUUGGCGAACACUCCCGACACGCAAAGUCGAUAGGGGACUCGGGUUCACUGAACAACCGCGGCAUGAAAACGAGGCGAAAUUCGUUCGAACCGCCGCCUCGCUUAGCGACAGGAAAAUGUUGGCGGUCCGUGGUGGUCGUACCUCGAGGACUACCUGUGCUACACAUAACACGGCGAAGAGUUUAAAGUUGAUUAGAAUUCACGGCUUUUGUGGGACUGGCUCAGGACGCGGCAAAUAUAUCCGCCUCUUUCUGGAUGAUCGUUCAGACUAGUAGUGUGUUUAGCCGGAUCUAUCCGGUUUUGGCAAACCGGUAGCGGCGGCUGCAGGAGGCUCCGCCCACCCACCCAGACGUCAUCACGUCACGUUUUUUGACGCUCUGCACAUGCGCUCAAGGCCCUGCGCAUGUGCGGAGAUGGCCGGUGUGCUCGCAUUUGCGAACCGGUAGCGAAGGUAAGCGAAUGCCAUCCCUGAUUCAGACAAUAAUGCUGGCUUCAGUUUUAGGGGAUCGGACUGGGACCCCAAGAAUCAGACAGAAAUGGACUUCAGUUUAGUUUUGGUUUUCCCCCCGAAUGGUCAAACAUGUUUGCUUUGCUGUAAUGAUCUUUUUGAGGAACAAAAAAAAAGAAAUUCUUAUUUUUGUAAGGUUUUUUUUUUCCCCUUUUGGUAAUACAAUAAAUGUAUUUUGAAUGUUGUCUUCCCUCUACAGGGAGGGGGAAAAAAAAUC